AUGUUUCUCACUGACUUGAGAGAUAAACUUAAUGCACAUCCAAACCCUCUGACCUUCAUUUCAGACGGGCAGAAAGGGAUACUUGAAGGUGUUCAAGCUGUGUUCCCAGAAGCAAAUCACAUAUAUUGUUGGAGGCACUUAUAUUCGAAUUUCAAGGAACACUACAAGGGACAAAAACUGUAUGCCUCACAAUGGAAUGCAGCAAAAUGUUACAAAAUCAAGCAUUUCCAGAAACACAUGGAAGAGAUAAGACAGGAAAGUCCCUUGGCUGUGAAGUACCUAGAAGAUGCUGGUGUUGAGUCUUGGUCUAGGGCUUUCUUUGCUGACACUAGUAAAUGUGAACACCUAAACAAUAACUUUAGUGAGUCCUUCAAUUCCAUGGAAAAAAAUCUUAGGGACAAACCAAUCUGUAAACUAUUAGACCUUUACGAUCAGAUGGUUAUGGGUCUUUUUCACAAGAGAAGGACAGAGAGUGCAACAUGGAAUCCUAAAAGUAGCAAAACAGUUUUUGUUGUUAACUUGGAAACAAAACAAUGUAGUUGUCUUCAAUGGAAAAUGAGAGGUUUUGUUUUCCAGCAUGCAGUUUGCUGUUUGAAGUCAUUGAGACCAGAUUGGAAAAAGUAUUGCUCUAAGUAUUAUAUUGUUGCUGCAUACAGGGCCACAUAUGCACCAGCUAUUGCUCGAUUUACUAGAAAAGAUGACUGGCCUGAGUUGGAGGAACAUGAAAAGAUAGAGUUGCAGCCUGCUCUCAAGAUCAGGAAAACAGGAAGACCUAGAGUUAAGAGAAUGGGAGCAUGGGAUGAACCUAAAACACAUAGAAGGACUUAUUCUUGUGGCAUUUGUGGUUCAAAUGGUCAUAACAGAUCAACAUGUGCAGGUGGUGAUGUUGGUCAGAAUCCUAAGGAAAAGAGGCCAAGAACUCAAGUAGAUGGUGCUACCUUCAUAAGUAGUCAAACACCUGCACCCAUUUAUACAAAAGGUAAAGCUAAGAAAAACAAGACAAGUUGGAAGGGGGAAUCAUCUCAAGCAUCUACUGCAGCUGCAGCUCCAUCUACUACAAAGAACCAGAAAAUGACUUAGGCAUUCUCAAGUGGUGGAUAUGUCCAACAAACAAUGAAGCAGACUUUUACAAUGACAAAGAAGUACACCAAGACAAAGUGAUGAUAAUCUGCAACAGU